UUUAUUGAUAAUACAUUUUGAUUUAUAACGAUUCUGCAAUAGCGUUGGAUUGUUGUUUCAACGUCUAUUGUAUUGUAUUGUAAUAUAUUAAGAAAACGUUUUCAGAACAUAGAACAAUGACUGAAAUAGAAUGGACAAACGAUCAAGUGCUGACGUUGGUCAAUGAAUACAAAAAUCGGCCGAUGUUGUGGGACCCGAAUCAUGACAUGUACAGAGUUCAGACGGCUAAAUAUGAAGCUUGGUGCGAACUUGCUGAAAUAUUCGAGUGUGAAAUAGGAGAUUUACGGAAGAAAUUUAACUCGAUCUUCGCAUCUCAUAGGCGAGAGAAAUCAAAAGUCCGGUUGGGAGGUCGAUCGAGUUGGUUCCUUUACAACUAUUUGAGCUUCCUGCCCAAUCACAUCGGCAGCGAGGAUUUGACUGUUAGCGUGCCUACGGUCAAGAAGCGUAAAAAGAAGGAAGUUGCAGAGGAACAAGAAGCAGAUCAUUCAGCUGAAGAGUACGAAGACAAUUGCAAUGAGAGUCCAGUGCAUAUCAUGAUAAAAGAGGAACCUGAUAUCGAGAGAACUCCGCCGAAAACGAAGUACAUUUGUUCCAAACCUCGCCUCACACGAGUGGUUAAGCGGAGAAUAGUUAAAGAUAGAACUGAAUCGCUGGCUGAAAGAAACAAAUUAUUAGAAAGAAAGUUAUAUAAGCGCUCCGAAAUAUAUAAGAAAAAAGACGAAUGUGACACAUUCGGCGAAUACAUAGCGAUGUCUCUGAGGAAGCACGAUGAAAGAACACGUUCCAUGAUAAAGCAAGCUAUUAAUAAUAUACUGUUUGAACAGGAGAUGAAAAAAUACAAUUCUGGACAGUACGCGGUAGUCAUAUCAAACGUGGACGAGAACCCCCUCAUCAUUGGCGACGAGUGCGAGAAAUGAAACACAAAGACUGAACACAAAGUUACAUAUUACUGUAUUCUUUAAAAUAUAUAUUAAAAUUGAGUUGAAACAUUCAACCAUGCACGUGUAUAUAAAACUGUUUAAUUAUUAUUAAACGCUGAAAUUAAA